CUCUCCGGAUCUGCUCCGCACGGACAACAUGCUGCUGCUCCGCCCGGUGCUGUGGACGCUGUCGGUGCUGCUCGGCUCCCAGUCCUGCUGCGGGUUCGUCUACGACCGGCCCAAACGCUCCGGGGAGGACGGAUCCUCCUCCAGGACCGAGUCUCGAUCGGGACCGAACUCCUGCAGGAAUCGGUGUUUUGAGCUGGUGGAGAUGGAGCCACCGAACUGCCGCUGUGACAACCUGUGUAAGACCUACAACAGCUGCUGCGCAGACUUCGACCAGCUCUGCCUCCGCACAGAGGGGGGGUACGAGUGCACUAAAGACCGAUGUGGGGAGACGCGGAACGAGCAGCACGCCUGCCACUGCUCCGAGGACUGUCUGGCCCGAGGAGACUGCUGCACCAACUACAGGAAGCUGUGUAAAGGAGACACUCCAUGGCUGCAGGACGAGUGUGAGGAGAUGAAGACGGCUGAAUGUCCUGCUGGGUUCGCUCGUCCGCCGCUCAUCAUGCUGUCGGUGGACGGAUUCAGAGCCUCCUACGUGAAGAGAGGGAGCGCCGUCAUCCCCAACAUCGAGAAGCUCAGAUCUUGUGGAACCCAUGCUCCUUAUAUGAGGCCUGUUUACCCCUCCAAGACCUUCCCUAACCUCUACUCACUGGCCACUGGUCUGUACCCGGAGUCUCACGGCAUCGUCGGGAACUCCAUGUAUGACCCCGUGUUCGACGCAAACUUCAACCUGAGGAGCCGGGAGAAGCUGAACCAUCGCUGGUGGGGAGGCCAGCCGAUCUGGAUUACGGCGGUUAAACAGGGACUGAAGGCGGCCACCUUCUUCUGGCCUGUAACCAUCAGUCUGGAGAGGAGGAUUCUGACCAUGCUGCAGUGGCUCCACCUGCCAGAGAAGGAGAGGCCGUACGUUUACGCCAUGCACUCUGAGCAGCCCGACACGUUCGGACACAAAGUGGGGCCCAUGAGCGCAGAGCUGAACGGCCCUCUGAGGGUGAUCGACAGAGUCGUGGGUCAGCUGAUGGACGGACUCAAACAGAUGAAGCUGCACCGCUGCGUCAACAUCAUCCUGGUGGGAGAUCACGGAAUGGAAGAGGCCAACUGCGAUCGCACCGAGUUCCUCAGUAACUACCUGAGCAGCGUGGAAGACAUCAUCCUCAUCCCCGGCGCUCUGGGCCGAAUCCGCUCCAGAUACCCCAACAACCCCAAAUACGACCCAAAGACUGUUGUUGCUAAUCUAACGUGUAAGAAAUCGGACCAGCACUUUAAGCCGUACUUCAAGCAGAACCUGCCCAAGAGACUGCACUACGCCCACAACCGGCGCAUUGAGGACAUCCACCUGCUGGUGGACAGGAAGUGGCAUGUGGCCAGGAAGGUUCCAGAGGGGAGGAGGCACUGUGGCUUCGCUGGAGACCAUGGAUAUGACAACAAAAUCAACAGCAUGCAGACGAUUUUCUUGGGGUAUGGACCGACGUUCAGAUUCAAGACCAAAGUGCCUGCCUUUGAAAACAUUGAGCUUUAUAAUGUCAUGUGUGAUCUUCUGGGUCUGAAACCGGCACCCAACAACGGGACUCACGGCAGCCUGAACCACCUGCUGAGGAACCCGCCCUUCAGACCCGCCAUGCCCGAGGAGGUCUCCAGGCCCACCGCCUCCGGACUCGUGCCUUUGGGCAGCGACGACCUGGGCUGCAACUGUGAUGAAAAGUUGCGUGUAAAAAGUAGGGGCCAGAGAGGUUUGAAAGUGACCCUUGUACGAGGCUAUAACCUGGAGUCACUCUGGCUCUGUCUCUUACAGAACAAAGUGGAGGAGCUAAACCAGCGACUGAGGCAAGCUAUUGAUGACAGCAGGAACUUGCCUUAUGGUCGACCUGCUGUCCUCUUCAGAACUAAAUACUCCAUUCUGCACCACGGGGACUACAUCAGUGGCUAUAGUGAAACUAUGUCCAUGCCCCUGUGGACGUCCUACACCGUCGGCAGACAGGUAGAAGUGUCUCCUCUCCCUGAAGCUCUGUCCAACUGUGUGAGGCCCGACUCCAGAGUCCCUCCAGCCUACAGCCAGUCCUGCACCAACUAUAGAGCGGACAAGCACAUCACGUACGCCUUCAUGUACCCGCCACAACUGUCGUCCAGCGUGGACAGGAAGUACGACGCCGUGCUCAUCACCAACACCGUUCCCAUGUACCCUCCCUUCAAGAGGAUAUGGCUUUACUUCCAGAGAGUGCUCGUGAAGAAAUACGCCACAGAGAGAAACGGCGUCAACGUUCUCACCGGACCCGUGUUUGACUACGACUUCGACGGCGUCAGAGACUCGGCGGAGACCAUCAGAGACCACGCCAGCGGAGCGAUCCCCGUCCCCACACACUACUUCGUGGUCCUGACCAGCUGCUUGGACUUCACCCAGCCUGCGGACUCCUGCAGCGGGCCGCUCAGCAGCGCCGCCUUCAUACUGCCACACAGAUCCACCAACGAGGAGACGUGUAAUAGCUGGGAGGAGGAGUCCCGCUGGGUGGAGGAGCUGAUGAAGACGCACACGGCUCGAGUCCGAGACGUGGAGCUUCUGACGGGCUUGGACUUGUAUCGACGGACGAACCGGAGCUACACCGAAAUCCUCUCGCUCAAGACUUACAUGAACACGUACGAGAGUGAAAUCUGACGGUUGUGUGGCUGACUUUGUCUUGAACCGUGGUGGAUGUAUGUGGUACCUGGAGGAGAGGCGGUGGCGGCCAUGUCCAGGCCUCUCUCAUUCUGCAUUUGCUUCAGUCUUUUGCUUUCAGUCGUCUUCCUACAGGACUUUGACACCACUGAGUGUAUUUGCUACUUGAGUUUGUUCUGAAGGUUCCUCGGUUCCUCCUGAACGUCUGGACAGGAACAGGAAAGCCCACUGAACUGCUGUUGACCCGCAUCUGGAGCGAACACUGACAGCAGAGCCUGAAAACCACGCCACUCUAGAGACAUGAGCGUCCAGAGCAUUUCCAUGGACCCGUUGAGCCAUGGCAUUGGGAACCUUGCUGAACGGCAGCUGUUCAGCAUUUGUAAAUAUUUUUUCAGACGUAUGAAAUCAGAACACGUAAGAUUGGGAUGAAGACCAAGAAAUUGUUGGAAACUUGAUCAAAAUAAAGCAGAAUGUCUCAAAGCGGUCCUUCCCUCGGGUGUCCAUCAACACUGCCAGUGCAAAAAUCAGAGCUGCAGGUCUUUCAGCCUCUAUCAUCACUGACGGAUCUCUCCUGGUAACUCAUCUUUAUUAGAACAGCUUUAUGAGACGAGGCUGAUGGCGUGUCGCUCAACUCAACUACUUAUGCAGUAAUCCAUCAAACAUUCCCUCUCCCAUUGAGCAUGUGGGAAAUGGGAUUUUUCCAGGUGGUAAUAAUCCAGUUUCCCAGCUCCACAGUGUAACAGGGAGGUGUUCGAAAUCUGAUUCAUCCCAUUAAAGGGUUUUUUUAAUAGUGAAUGGAGGAUGGAGUUUUGUUCCAGGAACACAUUGAAGUUAUUUAUGUGAAGAAAUCGCUGCGUACUACCCCAGAAAACUGAUCCACUCCAGAGUAUUAUUGUGUUUUGUUUGCGUGCAGAACUGGUUGAAUUGAUGUUUUUGUGUGUGUGUGUGUGUGUGUUGCUGAAUUUAAUUUGUCCAUAAUGAUUUGUUAAAAAUGUCCUUUGAAGCAUUUAUGAGCUGCCAGAUAGAAUAACCUGUAAAAAUAAGGAAUAAAGAAGUGAGAAACAUCCGAGCCGUGUGU